UGAAGCGAUGGUGUGAUAGGCUAGAUACUGUUAAGUGCUUUGCAUGCCUUCUCGCUUGCAGCUGCCACCGCUGCUAGCCUGGUGCGAAAAGGGAACAGUUGUGCGUGUCUCCCCUCCCGGCUCAUAGCCUCUCCUUCAAGAUUUCUGCACUGCCUCCUCCUUGGAGCAGCAGGAGGUCCUAAAGAUGUUUUCUGUUUCGCCAGUCUCCUACGUUUAUGCGUCACGAGAGAAUCCCAAGAAAGAAGAGGAGAGGAAUGGCGAUUUUUGGGGUCUUGUGGAUUUCAACUCCUCCCUCACUAGCUAGACGCACCAGAUCUCACACCCUCCGACUUCCGCCUGCUCACGGACCUAGAAAAGAAUCUGUGUGACUUCAAUAUCUUCGCCGCAAGCAUUCCAAAAUUCUGGGUCCUGGUCUUGGUCCAGGACACCACUAGACCCAAGGCUUCACUUUAAUGCUAAAUUCUUCUUCAGCGGCCACUAAGAUUUUCAGGGUUGCAGAUAGGCAAAGUCAACGUCGGUGACCCUGAUAUAUGAGUGUAGCUCUACCCAGUAUCCAGUACAUGCAAGUGUUGAAAAUUGUUUGUGCAAAAACACAGCUUUCACUUCUGAAUUCACAGGGAAGACAGGCCCCCACUACACUAACAGCACUUUUAGAACCAGUAUAAAGGCUUGCUAUUAUUCCAAUAAACCAUGCCGUAAUACCCUUAAAUCUCCGGAUCUCCCAGGUUGAUCACCACCAGCCUUUAAUAAUUCAGCAAGGAUGCCAAAGAUACCCACUGCUUUUCCACUCUGCAACUUGGAAAUUGCAUACCACUCGCAUCCAGAUGGUGGGUCAACCUGAAACAACUGUUCGAAGUACUCCAGCUAAAAAUCUCUUCUUCAGGCAGGGUCUACGGGCCAAGGAACGAUGCAAUCCGGAUCUCAAGUCAGUCGAACCGUGCGACAAGCAUCUGUGUUUCCCAGUGUCUCCUGCGAGAUGUAAUUGUCUUGCUUUUGGGUGAUCGCCAAUGGAUCCCUGAGCUGCAUCGAGUGUUUUGCGCUUGAAGGUUUCCCACAGCUCUGCAGGGUCUAUCAGUUUACCGGGAAAUGCGAAACGACCAGAUAUAGCUCUGGCAAAUUUCGGGGCAGACUCUCCCUCCCUUAGACUGUCCAAAUGGAACACUGAAGUGGACCUGGAGGAUAGCCACGCCCAGUCUAUGGUUGGUACCACAGAACUCGGCACUCAGGAAUACUCUGUAGUUCUAAAUCCUCCAGCGACUGCUAACAAGAAUGUGGUUCACCACAUUGCUCGGAUCCCCAUAGCAAAUCCAGCAAUGUGGCUUAGAGCACGGGUACCCGGAGCCAAAAAUCCUAUCUCUGGGACCUAGAAAUGUCCUGGAAUAGAAGGCCGUUUGCACUGCUGGGAUUAGCUCCCGAGCCAUGGGGACCGACAGACAUCACAGCCAACUUGAUCAAAGCCAGAUACCGCAUUGAAGUCAUCCAGGACAAUACGAAUUUACAAACGUUGGCAAAAGCAUACACAGCAUUAAGAGAUAUGAAGCCAAAUGCAAGGUUCAAACUCAGCGCAAUUAUACACUUAUCAAUCGGAGAAACCUCUGCUACCGAGGGCGGAAGUCUACUGGAGAUGACUAUGGCUAUUGUCAGCAAUACGUUGCAAGACCAGAUGACAGACUUUACACCUCCGUCCAAGCAGCUGCCCUUCUCCUUGGACAGGACGCAGUUGCUGCCUGGCUUUCUCUUUUCGCACAGGAAUAAACAUCCGCCCUCCAAGGAAACCGCCGCAUAAAA